UAUUCCCAGGUUUUCCAUCAAUAUAAAAUCUAAAAUGUACCUUUUAUUAUUGACAAAAAACAUAUUUAUGGACCUGUUAAAUCAACUCGAAGGCCACUACAGUAGUGUAAAGUAUAAAAACAGCUGUUAACAGUCGAAGCUGUACUGCUGUAAAACAAUCUGAUGUGCCUUGGUUGGCGUGGCAACGAAACCCGGAAGUUGUAGUAUCCCUGGCAACGGGGUAAAUUGAGUCUGAAGAGGAGCACUACGCUAAUAGACAAUUAGCACCUUUGAUAGAAGAGUCCAAUGUCUCGAAAAGCACUCAAAGUGGUGGUUGAAGUAAAGUUCAGAGCGGUCUCUUGUCCAGGAGUUCACCUUCCAGCCAAGGAUGAUAUCUACCUCAGCAUGUGCUUUAUGGGUCAGUACCGUCGGUCUGAGUGCCUCCCUGCUGUAUUCCCUCUGUUGUUUCAUGAGAAGAUGACCUUCGAAAAGGUAUUCAGGUAUGCAGUUGACCCUGGAGACAUUGCGGUGAUGCUGGAGUAUGAGACAGUCAGGAUUGAACUGGUGCAGCUGAUUCCUCCAGUGGGUGACACCCUCGCCUGUUUUGAGGAAGAUGCUCGGAGUUUCUUAUUCCCAGAGCCCAAACUGGUUCCUUCCUUCUCUGGAGUGGAGCGAGAGGUUCUAAUGACACGAGCACCAUACUUUCCGGGUAUUGCUCCAAGAAUGGAAUUUUCCACCAAAACAACCAUCCUUGAGUGUCCAGCUGAUGCAGAGAUCAACAUUUACCCCAAUGUUCCCAUGAGGCCAUUUAAGAGGCAAAGACAACGCUCCAGGCCCAGAACCUCCUCUCCACAAAGGAAACCUCAAACCCUGAGAAGGAGACAAAGUGCCAGGGGGGGCCGCCCUGCCAGUUCCUCAUCACACAUUUCCAGAUCCCGGUCCAUGUCCCCACUGAGGGCUGGAAACACCCAGCGCCUGGCCCGCCUCAGCCUGGACUCUGCAACUCCCAGCCCAGAUGACUUCGACACAGACAGUACACCUGACCCUAUGUUGGCGUCCUGGCCUGAAAGCAGUCGAUCUGCAUCUCCACACCACUCAGCAAUGUUUACCAAGUCCUCCUCCACUGUGGCCAGGUCACCCGCCCAAGUGAGAUUUUCUUCACCAGAGCGAAGAUCAUCUCUAUCUAAUGGUGUGGAUGGAGGGUCAGCUGAAGAAGACUCCAGCUCUUCAGAGGGUCAUGAGUCCUCUGCAAUGAGGCGGUCUUACAGGGAACAAGCUCGACACAGCAGGUCUCUGUCCAGCCCACACAGAGUCUGGGAAGAAGUCCACGACCGUGUACGAGGACUCCUCACAACUCCAAAAGCCGUGCGCAGACUUGUCUAUGGGGCUUCAAACUCUGAAGUAGAUGAAGUUUUAGCCAGAAGGUCCAUCUCCCCAGGUCCACCAUGAUGAACCAGCCACAAUCUGGAGAG